AUGACAGAGAAUCUCCACUCCAGGAAAAUGGUACAGCCAAAGAAGUUUCGUGGAGUCCGGCAGCGCCACUGGGGUUCCUGGGUCUCCGAGAUCAGGCAUCCCCUCCUUAAGAGGAGGGUCUGGCUGGGCACCUUCGAGACCGCUGAGGAGGCAGCGAGAGCAUAUGACGAGGCUGCCGUGCUGAUGAGCGGCCGCAACGCCAAGACCAACUUCCCAGUCCAAAGGAGCAGCACAGGGGAGCCUACCCCAGCUGCAGGAAGGGACGCUCGCAGCAACGCCGGCAGUGGCUCCUCUACCGCCAACCUGUCCCAGAUUCUCAGUGCGAAGCUCCGCAAAUGCUGCAAGGCGCCAUCGCCGUCCCUGACCUGUCUCCGCCUUGACCCUGAGAAGUCCCACAUUGGUGUUUGGCAGAAGCGCGCAGGAGCCCGUGCUGACUCCAACUGGGUCAUGACCGUGGAGCUCAACAAAGGUGCAGCAUCCACUGAUGCUGCAUCACAGUCCACAUCAGCAACACCUGCUCCACCAGCCAUCCCGAUGGAUGACGAGGAGAGGAUCGCCCUGCAAAUGAUCGAAGAGUUGCUGAGCAGCAGCAGCCCAGCUUCACCCUCGCACGGAGAUGACCAAGGUCGCUUCAUCAUCUGA